AUGGCUGAUAAAACAGAUUUGUAUGAAGUUGAUGAAUGCUCUCCCAAAAAGAAAAGAAAAGAAAAUGUUGGUAUUUUUCCUGCUUGCAAGCCUGACGAGGAGUUUUCGAAAAGCUAUAUGUCAAUUAGUACUGAUGGAGAGGGUGUCCUAAAAAUAAUGCGUGUUGUAACAGUGCUGUCUACCAUACAGAGUCCGUACAGAGGAAGCUUUUACUUGAAGGAGUUGUGGAAGAUAAAUUGUAUGGGAAAAAACUUGAUCUGGAUAAGUGGUCGAGAUGAUACACUGAGACUUAUAGACAGAAAUGGGUCUCUGUCACACACAGUCAAGACCUCUUAUGUCGUGUCAGCAAUGACGGUCAACUCAAACAAGGAGACAGUUUUCUUAAUCGGUUGGUCCGACAGCAAAGUGUUUAUUUACAGGAAUAAAAUAUUUGAGAUACUUUUAGAAUUAACGGACUGGCUGGGAAGAGGUCUACAUUAUACUGCAAAUGGAGAUCUACUGGUGAGCAUGCACACACAAGAUGGUGUACAGAGUAAAGUGGUGAGAUACACAGGGACAACAGAGUUUCGGGAGAUCCAAUAUGACAGUCAGGGACAACAUUUGUUUGGUAGUAAAACUGGAGGUAUGCUAAAUCUCACUGAAAAUGGCGACGGCGAUAUUUGUGUGGCUGCCUUUGGUUGCAAUGCCGUCAUUGUGGUCGAUUCAUCUGGGUGUUUAAGGUUCAAAUAUCAGGGUCACUCCUCCAAUCAGAGGAAAAAUGCUCGUUUUUACCAUCUAAUAUCGCUACUGAUGUCAGUAAUCAAACAUUGA